ACACACUCUUCCAAGAGCAGCCGAGCUGCGGCGCGGAUGCUGCAUGCGGGAGGAGGUGCGGCAAAAAAAAGCUAGAUUAGGAAGACGAGGAGAGAGCGCUGUUGUUGCGUCAAAUCUCGACCCAGCCAGUCAGUGUUGUAUUGUUGAAAACGGGAGCGUCGGGGCUGCACUCCGCAGAGUUUCUCCGUCCCUUCACUCAGAAAACUUCUCCGCAAACUUUUUUUGGGAUUGUUUGAUUUAUAUGAGAGGAGGGAAGCGAGGGCUACCAAGGUGAAACAGCGAGGGAAUGGAGAAGCACAAAGUGCUGGACCAGCUCCUGAUGGAGCUCCACCGAUUCCUGCUCAUCCUGGACAAGGAGACCCUGAGUGGGAACGCCACCAUCCACAAGGGCUUGCUCUCUGAUCUCCUCCAGUCCUACAGAGCAUCCAAUGGUGCUGAUGAAGAGUAUAUCUACAUGAACAAAGUCAGUGUUACCGAUGACAGAUCAGAUGCCCUGGUCAAUGGAAAAGCAGCAAAAUAUGUACCUGUUCCACAGAAGAGCCUUCCCAACCUGCCACCCCUCAGAGCAGGUAUGAUGAGUCGGGAGCCGUUCCCUUUACCUGCAGUCGCGGCUCCAGCCUGUAUAGACACUUCAGAGAGUUACUACGAGGAGGCUCAGCCCUAUGAGGAAACUUUCAAUGAUCUGGACUGUUUUGGCCUCCUCUCAGGGCCCUGGAUGCGAGUGCAGAGCUCUGACAGUGUGGUCUACGCUGUUAUCAACAGGGAUGAUGGGGAUGCCGUUAGCAGUUCGUACGAGUCCUACGAUGAGGAGGAAGUGAUCAGAGAAAAGUCACCAUCAGCGCAGCACCAGUGGCCUUCAGCGGAGGCGUCCAUUGAGCUCAUGAAGGACACUCGUAUCUGUGCCUUCCUGUGGAGGAAGAAGUGGCUGGGCCAGUGGGCCAAACAGCUGUGUGUCAUCAAAGACCAUCGCCUGCUGUGCUACAAGAGCUCCAAGGAGCAGACGCCUCUGCUGGAUGUGAGUCUGCUGGGCUGCAGUGUGGUCUACAAGGAGAAGCAGCUGAGGAAGAAAGAGCACAAACUGAAGGUCAUCCCAGUGGGAGGGGAGGCCAUCGUGCUGGGCCUGCAGAGCAAGGAGCAGACGGAGCAGUGGUUGAGGGUGAUUCAGGAGAUCAGUCCCAAGCCGGCUGAAAACUGUGACCCGCAACACUCCGCCUCCGACUCCCCGAGGCUCAUUUGUACAAAGGGAGAACUGAGUGAGAGAUACUCAGUGGCCUCCGAGAGCAGCAGCAGCACUGACAGCCAUGCGGAGACUCCCGAAAUCAAAGAUGUGAAGAAAAAAUAUGGUGCCGGGUUGAAGUUUAGCAACCUCAUGAACAUCGGCAAGAAAAAACCCUCGUCGUUGGAGAGUCCAGAGAAAUGUGUGGACACCUCAGGCUACCUCAACGUGUUGGUGAACAGCCAAUGGCGGACCUGCUGGUGCCUUAUAAAGAACGGACAGCUAUGGUUUUACCAGGACAAGGGCAAGAACAAAAUGAGCCAGCCAGCCGUGACCCUGGGGGGCUGCAGUGUUCUGCCCGACCCCAGCCCCGAGCACCUGUACUCCUUUAGGAUCAACAUGGAGGGGACACAGCUAGCAACCCUGGAGGCGAAGACAUCAGCAGACAUGGGCCAUUGGCUGGGCCUCUUGCUGUCACAGACGGGGAGCAAGACGGACCCCGAGGAGCUCACAUACGACUACGUCAACGCUGAGAGGAUCUCCAGCAUCGUCAAUGCUGCCAAGACUUCCUUAUACUUGAUGCAGAGGAGGUAUUCAGAGCCAAACACCUACAUAGACACCCCACCCUCCGUCGCUCACAACUCUGAUGAACUGUAUGACGAUGUGGCGUCUAUAGCUGAUCCAGAGGAUGCUGAAGAGAGCGGCCUGCUAGACAGUGAGGACAACAAUCCUCAGGAACAUAACAACACAUGCGCACAAGACACCAAGGACUCAGUGGGAACAGAACAGGACACUGACAACAGGGUUUACCUGGACCUAAUCCCUGUACGCUCCUUCCUCCAUACGUCCGGUGGGAGUAAAACCCCUGCCAAAGAAACUUCUAGACAUUCCCCAGUCCCGGUAGAGGAGGAGAAGGACCCCUCAUCUCAAAUGAAAGAGGUCAUUUCAACUAACCGUACUGAGGCAACACCUGUGUCAAAUGGAACAAGUUCGCAGUCUGUUACCAGCAAACCAGAACAAGAGAACCCCCUGACUCCCACUCCACCACAGCCCCAAACCCAACCAGUCAAGACCUUAUCCCAAAGCCAGGAGACCCCCAAGAGGACGAGUGUGGGAAUCCCACAGGCCUUCAGCUCCUCCGGGGGCCAGAUCAAUAAAGGCCCCUCGGGUUCUGCUGGGCUCCCUCACAGUCCUCACCCCCUGCGGCCCAAGGCACAUACCAUGGGGUGUCCCGGUGCAGUCGAAGUGAAACUGGGCAAGAACCGCACAGAGGCGGACGUGCACCGCUACAUCGACGAGCGCGACCGUCUGGAGAGAGAGAGGGAGGAGGUGAGGAGCAGCCUGUCAAACCUGAAGAAGGAGAGGAGGGAGACCAAAGAGGAGCUCAGUGCCUGCCAAGACCCCAAGCAGCAGGCCUCAUUAGAAGCCUGUUUGAAGCAGAGGGAGGAGGCGUGUCGGGACGCGGAGCACCGUAGGGUAGAGGUGGAGCUACGACUGGUGGAGGUGAAGGAAAGUCUGAAGAAGGUGGAGUCGGGGCCUUUCACACUGGGAACCACACUGGACAGCAGCCUCCAGGACACACAAACGCCUAAAGCAGCAACCCUGCCUGCUCCCCAGACAUCUUCAUCAACAUCAUCAUCAUCAUCAUCAUCCUCCCAACCCUACAACAGCAGCAUCAGUGCAGACCCAGUCAACUCUGCCUCUGUGCUAAAGAACAGACCUGUCUCCAUCAUGGCCACCAAAGGCAAAGUCCUGCAGAAGGCUAAGGAGUGGGAGAAGAAAUCCACCUCCUAGAGGGAAACCUGGAUGCCCUUUGACCUCUCAAAUCCACAAAUUUAUUUUGGUGUGGUCUGCUGUCCGCACCAGGAACCGCCAUGUUCACAGGCCAGACAGACAAAUCAGUGUUCUCACUCAUCCUCAUCAGCCUCUUUGCCAAGGCUAUAAAAGGCCAAUCAGAGAGAUGCACAAGCUAUCUUCUCAAACACCCCUGGAUGAUCGUAGUUGUUUCUCUCCACUUGCUAAAGGGAGGACAUUGAUGUAGUAGCAUUUUGGCCAGUCUAACAAUUGAUCUUGAUGACAGAAAGACACCCCUCAACUAAAUUUUGUACAAUCCAGAUUGUAGCUUGGUUCAUAUAUGCUGGUAGCCAAGAUGUAAAUAUAUUUACACCAUUAUUCAGCCUCAUUUGGUUGUAUUGCUAGCUAAAAAUGCACUUUUUAUUCAAAUAAAAAUGUACUGACAACAAUACUGGCUUGAAAUUUGUUUAUACAAAUGUCUCCUUUUGCCUUUCAUGUUACAUCUGUCAGUCCAGCCUGUCUGUUGCAAAUGGACCAAGGUUCAGUGUAGGUAAACAGAGUCAACUCAGUCACUUCUGACUUCUGACUUCAGAUUGUUUUUACUAAAGCUGGAUGGACAAAUCAUAGUUUAUAGAAAUUUGGUUUCUUUCCCCCAGAAGUGAUAGUAGUAAAGUACAGAGUAAGUUAAAUACAAAGUGAUAUAUAGUAAGUGUAAUAUACUAUAGU